CUAAAACAAGAUUUAAACAAAAUAGUUAAAAAUAAAAAAACAGUGGCAAUGUUGUUGGUUUUUAAGAAAUGAUGCGCGCAUAUUCCUUGGGUAUUGAAAUUAUACGUAUCGUGAGACUGCAAAGGAAGUUUCUGAAGUUUGCACUCCUUUGUUGUCUUAUGAGUGCAGAUGUCGCUUCGGGAUUGUCAGCGGAAGCGCCUGCUGCGCUCGGAUCCCGAGUACCGGCAGAGGGAGCGAGAGCUCGAUCGGGCCAGGAAAGCGGCACAAAGGGCGGUACAACCGUCUGUGCUUGUGGUCCAUCCAGAGGUGGAGCUGCUGCCAACCUCCCAAGGCUAGCCACAACAACAGCAGCAGCCCGACCAGCUCCGCCCAGCGCCGCCUUUAGCCGUUUUUUGGGAAUUCUGGUUGGGCUGACUCGCUCAGCCAAACCUCAGUUGGAGGAGGAGUCGGCACAUUCCAUGGAUUUAUUUUAUGCUAAAAGUGAAGCUUGAGUCACGCUUGAGACAAAGAUGAAUACUUCGGAGGCUCUAAAGCCAACUGCACUCAACAGCAAUCCAGCACCAUCACAUCGUGAUCAUGUGCGAGAAGCUGCAGCUCGCCUUCGAGAUGCUCUACGUAAAAGUACCCGACGAAAUAAUCACUGAUGAUAGGGAGGUUGCACCCAUUUCUUUCAUUGUUGCGUUGCAUUGGUAUUGGUCAACGUGCCAUCCCCUUCUUUCGAUACAUACACUAUUCGUACACACACACAUUCGUACACUAAAAUAUGCUUCGGACUCAUUUUCGCAAAUGGCGGCGCUGCUGCUGCUUAUUUGCAUAUGUAUACAUAUGUAUAUGUAUAUAUACACGAACAGUGCGGCAGAGAAGUAGGUCGUGAUUUUUCUGCGAAAAUAAAAUUUUACACUAAAAAAAAGGUUCAACAUAUGUGGGAUGAUCGUUUUUCCUUUUUUGAAAAAAUGGAUGGCGGUGCGCAAUGCUUGAUUAGCCAACAUAUUGUUUGAGAGGCACAAGGAACUUUUAGGGGUUGCUUCGAAAUUACCGGAAUUUAACGCUAAAUUUCUUCUUAUAUAUGGGAGAGAAAUAAUAUUCUAAUGUUUCCUAAGAAUAUUUUGUUUGGCGCAAAGCAUCUUCCUUUAUAUGAAUUCAAUUUUUUCAGUGUACAGCAAGAUACGUUUUGGCUUCGUGUGCCUGCGCACACAAACGCACUAAAAUAUGUGAGUGCUGUGCUACGUGCC